CAGGCGUAAUCGAACGGGACUGAACCUGCGCAGACUCAGAAAACGCAAGCGAACCUUAGGUCCCUGCAAUGGCGGGCACGGGGUUGGUGGCUGGCGAGGUUGUGGUGGAUGCGCUUCCGUAUUUUGAUCAAGGUUAUGAAGCCCCUGGCGUGCGAGAAGCGGCGGCAGCGUUGGUGGAGGAGGAAACUCGCAGAUACCGACCUACCAAGAAUUACCUGAGCUAUCUGACAGCCCCGGAUUAUUCUGCAUUUGAAACUGACAUAAUGAGAAAUGAAUUUGAAAGACUGGCUGCUCGUCAACCAAUUGAAUUGCUCAGUAUGAAACGAUAUGAACUUCCAGCCCCUUCCUCGGGUCAAAAAAAUGACAUUACUGCAUGGCAAGAAUGUGUAAACAAUUCUAUGGCCCAGUUAGAACAUCAGGCAGUUCGAAUUGAGAAUCUGGAACUAAUGUCCCAGCAUGGAUGUAAUGCCUGGAAAGUAUAUAAUGAAAAUCUAGUUCAUAUGAUUGAACAUGCGCAGAAAGAGCUUCAGAAGUUAAGGAAACAUAUUCAGGAUUUAAACUGGCAGCGAAAGAACAUGCAACUCACAGCUGGAUCUAAAUUAAGAGAAAUGGAGUCAAAUUGGGUGUCCCUGGUCAGUAAGAAUUAUGAGAUUGAACGGACUAUUGUGCAACUAGAAAAUGAAAUCUUUCAAAUUAAGCAGCAAAAUGGAGAGGCAAACAAAGAAAACAUCCGGCAAGAUUUCUGAAAAGACUAAUUUGGUGGGUAGAAAGGAAGAAAAAUUGGACUUUCACAGAAUAUCAGAAAUCUGAACUUUCUCUGAAAUAUGAAGAACAAUAGCUUCUCAUGGAAACCAUUGAUGGUUAAAUAUUCAGAAACCACAAAAUAUGUAGACUUUUGUAUUAACUAUUUGUAUAUCUUAAUGAAAUAAAGAUUUUCAACUUGGUAGUA